ACUUUGAAUGAUAACAGUAACGAUGAUGAGAAAAAGGAGAUAAGCAGCAGUUCUGAUGGUGUGAAAGAAGGGACAAGUGCUGGACCCAUCGUAAAGAAAGAGCAGGAAACCGAGGAAGUGAAGGAAAUAAAAGCCGAAGAUGGUGGCACGAUCGCUGUGCAUGCUUCAGCAGAAAGUAUCGACAAAAACGAGGACAAAUCCGAAGCCAAAUCUUGCAAGGAAGAUCAAAUUGUAAUGCCCAAAACUGAAACAAAUGUGAAACCGCCGUCGGCAAAUAAUGAAUCAAUGUCGGCUGUAGCAAAAGAGACGGAAGCAGCUCUAACAUUUGAUUACGGUGAGUUUUUUGUGAUUCGGUAA